AUGUCAAAGACAACGACAACAGUAACUGAAGAAUACAGGAUAUCACUGACCGAACUAGGGAAGAUCAAAAUAACUACAUGUCCUUCAAUGUCAACAAAAAAGGGAAAUGACUGUGCUCUAAGUACAUCUAAAUGGAAUGAGUUUCUAACUUGGCUGAAAAGCAAGAAAGGAACAGCAGUGAAACCAGGCGCAUCAGGGGGCUCAGUGACUAUAACAGUGGAAGCUAGUGGUACGACAGGCGGGGGAAGUACGACCUCUGUAACAGAAUACAUGAUAUCACUGACUGAACUAGGGAAGAUCAAAGUAACUACCUGUCCUUCCAUGUCAACAAAAAAGGGAAAUGACUGCGCUCUAAGUGCCUCUAAAUGGAAUGAGUUUCUAACUUGGCUGAAAGGCAAGAAAGGAACAGCAGUGAAACCAGGCGCAUCCGGUGGAUCAGUGACUAUAACAGUGGAAGCUAGUGGUACGACAGGCGGGGGAAGUUCGACAGGCGGGGGAAGUUCGACCUCUGUAACAGAGAUAAAGGUACAGAAGGGCGAUUUAAAAUUGAUCAAUGGAGGAGAGAAAUGCCGACAGGGAGACACGGACAAGGGAACCUACUGUCUCAUCAAGGUCGGUGAUUGGUCUGCAUUUGAGGCUUGGGUUAAAGCAGCAGGUGGAACGGCAAUAAAAGAAGGAAACGCAGGCCGCGUCACAGGUGGAAGUUAUAAGGCUUCAGGAACUGGAGGCGGGGGAGGCACGAGCUCUGUAACAGAGAUAAAGGUACAGAAGGGCGAUUUAAAAUUGAUCAAUGGGGGAGAGAAAUGCCGACAGGGAGACACGGACAAGGGAACCUACUGUCUCAUCAAGGUCGGUGAUUGGUCUGCAUUUGAGGCUUGGGUUAAAGCAGCAGGUGGAACGGCAAUAAAAGAAGGAAACGCAGGCCGCGUCACAGGUGGAAAUUAUAAGGCUUCAGGAACUGGAGGCGGGGGAGGCACGAGCUCUGUAACAGAGAUAAAGGUACAGAAGGGCGAUUUAAAAUUGAUCAAUGGGGGAGAGAAAUGCCGACAGGGAGACACGGACAAGGGAACCUACUGUCUCAUCAAGGUCGGUGAUUGGUCUGCAUUUGAGGCUUGGGUUAAAGAAGCAGGCGGAACGGCAAUCAAAGAAGGAAACGCAGGCCGCGUCACAGGUGGAAAUUAUAAGGCUUCAGGAACUCCGGCACCAAAUAUAGCAAACACAGCGGCAUCGUGCAAAGAACGUAACAAGCCCGACGGUUCAGAUACCCAAUUCGCUCCAGCAAGCAAAUGCAUGGAGUUCUUAAAGCACAAGCAUUCGCAUGCAGCUGGAGAUUACAUCAAGGGAAAGAACCAGUUCACAGCAGUGGAGUGCAGAGACUGGUGCGAGAAGGAAAAGACGUGUCAAUCUGUUGACUGGAGGGGGGUGGACAAAGCCUGUAUUCAGCACACGGAGGCAAACUACAAACAGUACAAGCUCAUCGAUGUGACAAUCGAAAAAACUGGUACCUGUGCUUAUAAGUCCGUCAGCCAAUACAGAAAGAAGGACGAAUGUCGGAAUAAAGAUGGAGAGUCUGCAAGUACAGGGUCAAAGAAAACUCUUUUACUUGAUUUGAUCUUCAUUCUGGAUGCUUCCUCGUCGAGCAGUAGUGCUGGCUUCAAGCAAGGCGUCGACUUCCUCGUGUUCAUGCUCCAGUCGUUCACCCUCGGUUCCGACAGCCUUCGGAUCAAGUUGGUAUACUGCUCCGGAUCAAGUGUUCAGGUGUUUGACUGGUUUACGGCAUCAAAGUCAGCAGAAUACAUAACUCAAUGCAAAGGAUUCAAGUUUGGGUCGGCCAAGAUCGAGUUGCUGACCAUAUUCAAGAAGAUCCACACCUUUUACACAAGUUUUUCCCGGGGAAAUGCUGGAAGAGGCAUGAUUAUGUGGGGAGGAUUCGCAUGCGGAACAUCAUGGGAAUUCAGAGCUCAGGUCACACUCUACAUUCAACUGAUAAGUUAUAAGUUCCGCAUAUAUUACUUCGCCAUCGGGUCAAACACUGACAUGACCUUCUGGAAGGACGUUAUCAAUACUAAGUACAUCAUCACUACUGUCACCAUACAACAGACAUGGGUGAUCACCUGGUGGACGACAAGGGUGGCAGAAUUCAAGAUAUACGGAUUAGGUUUCACCCUUGUGACCAAGAAAUUUCAGUUUAUCAUAACCUGGGACGGUUCAACGAAUUCAGGGAAGGAUGCCUAUUACAAAGUAUUCUACUUUAUUCUGAUUCUGUGUCGCAGCUUCAAAAUCGGACAAGGCGGCCUGCUACUCUACGUUGUGCAUUAUAACGGUGGCGAAGUUCACACCUUGACAUUCAAGCAGGAGUCAGAUAUCGUAACACACUUCACGACGAUGAUCACGACAACUUACUUUACGUGCUCUAUGACGACAGUUAAUGUUUACCAAAUAUUCAUAAAAAUAAAAUGGGUGAUCACGACCCAUAUAAAGAAGGGGCAGACAUGUACAUUGUGGAUAAUCGGUGGCUAUAAGAUAGAAGCAGGGAAAAAGGAAGAAAUUAUCACGAUUAUUCGAUUCAUUACUGUCGAGUGGAAGAUAUAUUUCUAUUAUUAUGCCAUCGGGACGACGACUGACGUGGCUUGGUGGAGACUGUACAUAGGCACGGAAUACGUCAAGAUCACAAUCACGUUCUCGAUCACAAAAAUAAUCUCGGAGAUAAACAUCAUAUGGAUAAUUAUCAUAAAAACUGAGGGACCAAAGGUUCCGCCGGCUGUUGGCGGGAAAACUACGAAGACACCUGGGGGGUCAACAACCACGAAAUCUCCAACAGGCGGGAAAACUACGAAGACACCUGGGGGAUCAAAAACAACCACGAAACCUCCACCAGGUAUGUGCUGUGAAGAAAAUAAUGUUUCUGCUUCAAUCAACGGCCAUUUUAAUAACUGCCUCACACCUGUAUCUGAAAUGUUCCAGAUAGUGCUAAUCAGUUCAAGCCCAAAGUUAGACACUGUUACAUUUUAG